AUGGGACAACAAUUUAAUCGUCAACAUCCUCCAGUUUUACCACCACCAGCUACAUUAGAACAAGGUAUGUUAAAUCAUGAACCACUUAGUAACAAACGAAUACUAACAACCAAUAAAGGAGGACAACAAUUCUAUCCUUUACCAAGUUUACCAAGUUUAGGAAAUGGAAGUGGCCAUCCUCAACAUGGUUUCACUAUUCCUUCGAUUAAUCCAGUUAAUGAAUUAGGACAGAACUCUGAACAACAACAUCCUAGACAAACACCUGAUAUUAGAAGACCUUCAGCAGUUACAUUUGGAACUCCAUCAAAUCAACCACUCCCACCUUCGUCAACUUUAACAGGAUUAAAUUCAGAACCACAAAUUAUGAACAAUGAUUACGCACAACAACAUUUACAACAACAACAACAACAGCAACAACAACAACAACAGCAACAACAACAACAACAACAACAACAACAACAACAGCAGCAACAACAACCACCAUCUCAACAAGCACAAGUACCACCUCAUCAAUCACCACUACAAACUCAACAACUCCCACCUCAAAUUCCUCAAGGAACUAUCGGAACUACUGCAGCAUCAAUUGGUGGUCUUCCAAAUAGAUCUGGUACUAGUAAUAUUUAUAGACCAUUAAAUGUUAAAGAUGCAUUAUCGUAUUUAGACCAAGUCAAAAUACAAUUUUAUAAUCAAUCAGAUGUUUAUAAUAACUUUCUUGAUAUAAUGAAGGAUUUCAAAUCUCAAAGCAUUGAUACACCGGGAGUUAUUGAUAGAGUAUCAACAUUAUUUAAAGGCCAUCCUAAUUUAAUUCAAGGAUUUAAUACUUUUUUACCACCUGGUUAUAAGAUUGAAUGUUCGUUGGAUCCAUCAGAUCCAAAUCCUAUCAGAGUUACGACACCUACUGGUACAACAACAAGACCAAAUAUAGCUGGUACUACAUAUAAUCAAGGAUGGGGUAAUGAAGAAGCAAUUACAGCAGAAAAUGCCACUGCUCAACAACAACAUCAGCAACAGCAGCAACAACAACAUCAAAUUGACGCAGCAGGAGCUCAAACAAAUGGUGGUGCUGGUCAAAUUGAUUUUAAUCAUGCAAUCUCAUAUGUUAACAAGAUCAAAACAAGAUUUGCAAAUCAACCAGAUAUUUAUAAACAGUUUCUUGAAAUUUUGCAAACAUAUCAAAGAGAACAAAAGCCAAUUGCCGAAGUAUAUGAACAAGUUACUCAGUUAUUUGCAAACUGUCCGGAUCUUUUAGAUGAUUUUAAACAAUUUUUACCUGACACAAGUAAUCAAAAUUAUCCUGAAGUUCAACAGCAACUUCCACCACAGCAGCCAUCUUUACACCAUCAACAACCGCACCAGCAAACUCAACCACCACAACAAUUACAACAACCACCAUAUGCAAAUAAUGGAACCCAAUUACCGCCAGUUGGAAAUUUUCAACCAAUUGGUCCAAGUCCAAAUCAAUCUCCUUAUGCUCCACAAAUACAACCACCAAGUCAUAUUUCAAGCUUUAGUCCAGAACGUAAAUUUGAAUCAGUUGAACCACCAAAGAAGAAAUCUGUAGUUGAUGAUAAUGAUAAUCAAGAAGCUCAAUUUUCAAGUGUUCGUUCAGGUGCUGGAGCUACAAAACCAGCCAAGACUCAAGGUCGUCCUACAGCUAGUGCUGCCGCUGCUGCUGCUGCCACUGCUAACAAUGCCAUACCGACUCCCCCAGUUAAUGCAACUUUAGUGCCAGGAAUUCCUGAACCUGUACCACCACCAGGAACUGCAAAAUCAUCAUCACUUAUUGAAGAGAUCAGUUUCUUUGAUAAAAUUAAGAAAGCUUUGGGUAAUAAACAAACAUAUAGUGAGUUUUUGAAACUUUUGAAUUUAUUUACACAAGAUAUAAUAGAUAAAGACACUUUAGUUGAACGUGUUGAUAGUUUCUUAGGUGACUCAAAUGCUGAUUUAUUUGAAUGGUUUAAAUUAUUUGUUGGGUAUGAAGAAAAACCUCAAAAUUUGGAAAAUAUAACCUUCAAAAAACAUGCUUUAGAACUUUCAUUAUGUAAGGCAUAUGGCCCAUCAUAUAGACAAUUACCAAAAGCUGAAACAUUUAUGCCUUGUUCUGGUAGAGAUGAAAUGUGUUGGGAAGUAUUAAAUGAUGAAUGGGUUGGACAUCCAACUUGGGCUUCAGAAGAUUCAGGUUUUAUUGCUCAUCGUAAGAAUCAAUAUGAAGAAAUAUUAUUCAAAAUUGAAGAAGAAAGAUUGGAAUUUGAUUAUUACAUGGAAUCGAAUUUAAGAACCAUUCAAAUUUUAGAAACUAUUGCUAAUAGAAUAGCGAAUAUGACACCAGAACAAAAAGCUAAUUUCAAAUUACCUCCAGGAUUGGGCCACAAUUCCACCACAAUAUAUAAAAAAGUCAUACGCAAAAUUUAUGAUAAAGAUCGUGGAUUUGAAGUGAUUGAUGCUUUACAUGAAAACCCUGCUAUUGCUGUCCCAAUUGUUUUAAAAAGAUUGAAGCAAAAAGAUGAAGAAUGGAAACGUGCCCAAAGAGAAUGGAAUAAAGUAUGGAGAGAAAUGGAACAAAAAGUAUUUUACAAAUCAUUGGAUCAUUUAGGUUUAACUUUCAAACAAGCUGAUAAAAAAUUGUUGACUGCUAAACAAUUAGUUAGUGAAAUAAGUACUGUGAAAGUUGAACAACAAAAUAAGAGACUUCACCCUUUGACACCAAAACCACAAGAACAACUAAAUUAUGAAUUUAAAGAUGAAGAUAUAUUAUUUGAUAUAUUAAAAUUAGCUAGUGUUUUUAUCAACAAAUCAUCAACUUAUUCAACUUAUGACAGAAAAAAAUUGAUUCAAUUUUUCAAAUUUUUUAUUUCAUUAUUUUUUGGAAUUCCAAAUGAUAUAAUUGAUAAGGCUUUAGAAUCAAGAGGAGAAGUUGAAGAGGAAAAUGCAGAAGAGGAAGAAGCAAAUGGUAAAUCAACACCAACAAGUACAACAGAUUCUACCAAAAAAAGACCUCGAGAAACUGAUUUACUAAAAGAUGUUUUGAAAAAAGUUUCCAAAUCCAAAAAGGAUGAUCGUGCAGAAUCUCCUGGUCCUCAAUCAUCUGAAAAUGCAAUUCAAGAAGCUAAUGAAGAACUUGAAAGAUCAAGUGAAUUAUGGGUUAAAUCUUCAAAUACGAAUUCACAAAAUGGAGAAGAUGAAGCAGAAAAACGACGUGACAAAUUUAAUUUCUUCUGUAAUACUACAAUCUACGUAUUUUUCCGUCAUCUAAGAACAUUAUAUGAAAGACUUCAAGAAAUUAAAAAUAUGAAUAAUGCUGUUGGAAAAGACAUUAAGAAUAGAAAAUUCCCACAAUUUGCAAAAGAUUUAAAUUUACUUUCACAUCAAUUAGAAGAUAUGGGAAUUGAUAUAGUAGGAUCAGAAGAUUGUUAUAAACAAGUUCUUAAAUUAGCAAGUAGAUUAAUAGAGGGAGAUAUAGAGCAUCAAUGGUUUGAAGAGAGUUUACGUCAAGGAUAUAAAAACAAAGCUUACAAAAUCUAUACUGUGGAUAAAGUUGUUCAAGCAUUAGUUAAACAUAUGCAUUCUAUGAUAACGGACGCCAAAACUUCAGAAAUGGUUGUAUUAUUUGAAAAUGACAGAACCAAACCAGUUUCAAGCACUAAAGAACAAAUAUUAUAUCGUGUUGCUGUAAGAUCUUUAAUGUCAUCUGAUGAAAAUAUGUUUAAAAUAUCUUACAAUGAAAAAUCACAUCAAGUUAACAUUCAAUAUAUAAGCUUAGAUGAUCUCACGUUAAGUGAUCAUCAAACAAAUGAAGAACAAUACAAUUAUUAUGUAACUAGUUAUGUAAUGUCACAUCCAACUGAAGGUGUACCAGCUUCAAAAUUAAAUAUGCCAUUUGCUAAAGCAUUUUUAGAAUUGGUUGAUGAAGAUUCAGUUGAAGGAAGAGUAAAUUCAGAAUUAAAAGUUUCAAUUUGUGAAAAUUCAUAUAGAUUAUUUUUCGAAAGUGGAUCACAUGAUGAAUUUAUUUCAAAUAUUGUUUACAAGAAGCGUAAUGAAGAAAAUAUAGAUCAUGAAGAGAAAGUAAAAUCAUUGGAAGCAUUAAUUAAUGGUGAACAUGGAUGGAAAUCAACAAUAGCAGAAGAAGAGGAAGGAAAAGGUAUUGAAGAUGAAUCAAAGAUACAAGAAGAUGAAAAAAAAUCUGAAGAGGCUUUAGAAAUAUUAUUCGAAGAAGGAGGUGAGGCAUAUAAAAAGUUUGUAGAAAAACAAAAGGAAUCAAAACCAGUAGAAGAAAAUAAUGCUAUGGAAGUGGACGAUAAAAUAGAAAAUCAAGAAGAUAUCACAGCAGAUGACACAACUAUAUAG